AUGAGGAAACCCAAAAAGGAGAGACUAGACUCUGACGAUGACGGUGAAGCUCCUAAGAAGAAACGCGGCAGGCCACGCGGCGAACCUAAAGAAAAACCGAUGAAGCGUAAGAAGCAGUCUCUGCUGGACGCCGAGCUGCAAAAAUUCGUGAACAUCAACCAAGUGAGCGAUCCGCUGAUCUGCGCUCAUUGCGACUCCUCGUUCAUGUCACACGAAGAGUUCGGUAUCCACUCCAAGAAGCACAGCGUCGACGAAAUGUACCACUGCCACUUGUGCGAUUUCAAGCACGAAGCGACGGACAAAUUCCGUGCGCAUAUCCGUACGCACGAUCUGUACAAGUGCGAGAAGUGCAGUCGCAUUUUGAAGACCAAGUUGUCUGCUUACAAGCACGCCAAGACUCAUAGCGUGCAAGAACUGGUGCAAUGCGAGAUUUGCGGGAAGAAUUUGAAGAAGCAGUGCUUGUACAUGCACAAGAGAGUGUUGCACACCAAGGAACGGCUGCUGACCGCCAAAUGUCCGAUUUGCGAGAAGGAGUAUGUGAAUGCUAGCAGCUUGAGGCAGCAUUACAGCGCCGUGCAUAGAGAAAUGGGUGUGGACAUAUCGGUGGUGUGCGACAUCUGCGGCAUGCGCCUCUCCUGCAAGGGCAAACUCGCCCAACACAUGCGCACGCAUACCGGCGAUAAACCGUUCGCCUGCACGUUUUGCCCCAAGAAAUUCAUCGCCAAGGACAUUUUAGCCGCGCACAUGCGCGUUCACACCGGCGAAAAGCCGUACGAAUGUCGGUUCUGCGGCAAGCGGUUCGCGCACAGCGCCCCCUACCGGUACCACGUGAAAACGCAUACCGGCGAGAAGACGUUCGCGUGUCCUCUGUGCGGAAAGGGCUUUAUUUCCAGGGCCAAUAUGAAGAUCCAUCUGAGGACGUGCAAUAACGUCGUAGUUAUUAAGUAGACGUGUGAGAAUUUUGUGUAGGCGGGUUUUAGUCCAGGCCCAAGACUGUAACGAAGUGACAGUGAAACGGUAGGUGGAAUGCACCGAAACUUUUUCACAGCUGAAAAGAAAAAAGUUCUGGAUUUAGUUUUCUUGGAUAUACAGAGUGAGUUAUCUAAAUUUUGUUAAAAUUUUGCGCGAUAACAAAGUUGCCUAGGAGUAAUGUAAAACUAGAGGACGGUUGAAAAAUUCAGGGCCGGACUCGAAUUUUACUUUUUUAUUUUUUAUCAACAUGUUUCAAUUUUUUUUUUAUUUUUUUCUACUACCUGUUUACAGCAUUCUAAAUCUUUUUCAUCUGAUAAUUUCAUGAUGUGUAUAGAGAAUACCAAAAAUCAAUGUUUUCAUUUUUUUGUCAAAAAAUGCAUUUUUUCUUCAAUCGGAACUUGUUAACAAAUAUGUGUGUGAAUAUUCCUUUUUUAUGGAAAAAUUAAACGGGUUAUUCUUAUCACUUUUUAUUUUCGAAAUAUCUUUGAUUUUCUUGCAGCAAAGUGAUAAGAAUAAAAGUAAUCACCUGGUUAAUUCAUACAUAAAAGUGGAAUAUUCACAUACAAUUUCAGAGCUGUACUAAUAUUUGUUAACAAGCUACUUUUAUUCUUAUCACUUUUUAUGCUCGAAAAAUCUUUGAUUUUCUUGAAAACUUAACUUGCAGCGAGACGAGGUUUCAAGAAAAUCAAACAUUUUUCGAAAAGAAAAAGUGAUACGAAUAAAAGUAAUCAACUGUUCUAUUCUUCCAUAAAAGAGGAAUAUUUACACACAAUUUCAUAGAUGUACUUAUAUUUGUUAACAAGUUCCGAUUGAAGGAAAAAUGCACAAAAAAUUUUUCGAUAAAUAAAUGAAAAUAUUGUUUCUCAGUCAUUUCUAUACGCACCAACAAAUUAUCAGAUGAAAAGAAUUUAGAAUACUGCUACAAACAGGUAGUUAAAAAAAAUCUAUAAAUAUAAAUCAAAUUACAGACUUUUAUUUUAGCUUUUCAUACCUAUACAACGUUCAAUUUUGACACCAAGGAAGUUUAUUUAAAAUAAUAUCAUAUGGAAUGAAGGGACUUUAUACUCUUUCUAACAGAAGCUACUAUGGCCAAGGUUUUUUGGACUUAACCCGUUUGCAUUAACAUUCGUUGUCUGUGGAACGCGAAAAGUAGUAUUUGUGAGUGAAAUUCAUUCUGUCAUGUGGCGGUAGAUUGUAUCGUUAUGUACAUGUAACUUUGAGGAGGGUUAUUAUAUGUUUCUAUGUAUGUAUGAUCUAUCCCUUUAAUAUAUCCUAAUAAUUCAGACUUUUGAUAUGUUGUCAUUGUCGUAUUUAUCUCCGCAUUUUUCGGCAUUCUUUAUUCUUCAGUUAAAUAUGCUGACUAUCCCACUUCUAAUCUGCUCCCAACGCCCAAUUGGACUUUCUCAGUAAACAAUGAGCAUGUCUAGUAAAUUUUGAUAUCACUUUGCACACAUUUUUUAUACCCUCCCAUCAUCAUUGUAUAACAAACAGUUAUAUCCAACAUUGACUGAGGAUUUAUUUUUUUACUCAUGUUAGGUUUAUUUUAUUUUUAGUUUUUAUUAUUAUCAGUAGUAAUAGUACUCACUCUAUAGUCUAUACAUACUUGUAUUAUAUUUUAACUUAACGUUUUUUCUCUUCUGUGUAUAUUUGUGAAUGUGUAUUUGCAAAAAGAAAAUACUGUUUCGCCUACUGAUAAGAACUAUUUAUUCUUAUGGGACUACGACGUUAGUUUGUUUUUAUAAUUUCUGAUCUACGCACUUACUGUUAGACAAGCAUUCUAUUAAAAAUGGUAUCCUUAGACGGAUUUUUUAUCAUUGUAAGAUCGUUAUAAUACAUGUAUCACGAGGAUAGCUCAUGUUGAGCAUUCCUACUAUAGUAUAUUCAAAUUACCUGAGCAGAGAGCGUCAGGUUUGAAUACACUAUAGUUGCGAGUUUCCACGCGUUGAUGAGAUAGAGUGUGUUUAAAAACUAAGAUGCAUACUUUUAACUAGGUAUGUAAACGUUUAGUUAUAGGUUUUACUUUCGUAAGUUUGCUAAAUCCUAUAUCUUAAGUUAGUAGAAGUUGUACAAUUUUAUAAUUUUUUUCAAGUUGUAAUCUGGGAAAUAAAGCAUGCAAAAACAGUAUCCAAACAUAUCAUUAGUCAAAAAUAUUUGUGUGUAACAUUUUCAUCAAUUUUGUUGAACACUAUUUUGUGAUGCAGGGUGCUCAAAAAAUAAAUGGAGUUAUUUUAGUGGAUAAUUUUUUGUGAAAUUUUUUUUUAUGAACUUGGGACGGGAAAUGCGAGUUUUUCAUUUUUUUUUUAAGAUACAAAAUAGCAAAUUUCAAGAAAAUACUUUUUUAUUAAUAUCUUAAAAAUUAUUCUGUUGAAAUUUGGCAAUAUUAGUUGUUGUAUUAAGAGACUAAUUUAGCCCUAAAUAGAUUGAAAUUAUUAGGUCCAGUGGCAUCCCGGGGGGCACCUUACCGAAUAUUAUUGGUCAUCUCACUGCUGUUUUUGUAAAAUAAUUGUUUUUUGUUUGAUUAAGCAUCUAAAAAUACAACUUCUUUGGCUCUUGUAUUUUUUCGAAUCUCACUUCGUUUUAAAAAAAAAAUAAAAACCGUUUUAUUGCAUGUCGCUGUACAAAAUUCGUUUAUUAAUUUUUGCUAAUAAUGUGCCUUGGAAAUUGAAAAAUAAUUUCUGCAUGGAGGUUAAUAACAACAAAUACUUUUUGAUAUAUUAUUUUUUCUUAAUUUAUCACCCUGUAUCUUGAAAAGUUUCUUCCAUAUUUCUUAAUCGCCCAUCUUAAAUAUCUCCAUCUAUGUUUCGAACGCGCUAUAUAGAGCUACCUAACUCCUCAAGUAUAUUGAACAUUUACGAAAAAAAAAUUUUUUCUUCGUAGGCAAAUAUGCAACUUGAUAUUUCUCAAAUUAUAACACUUGUAAUUGUAGCUUAUUUAAGUAAUAAAUGUAGAAAAAAUUGUAUGCAUGAUGUUGCAUCUUCUAGUAAGGUACUUCAAAAUCCUUGAUGUUUUAUUUUUAGUGGCUUUAGACAAUUAAACUAAGAUAAACAAGCUCAGUCAAAAAAAUAUGUCUUUUGAUUUGAGGAAUGUUGUACUUCUUACAAACGCUAAUAAAGUAUCAACCUGACGC